AUGAGCGCUGCGCACGCUUACGCGCCCCAUCAAGGCAACAUCUUCCCAUCGCAUCCCUCCGACCUUGCCCACAACUAUCAAUUCGCAUCUGGCCGAGGUCCCUUCGAUCAGCAAUUGCCCUUUGACGGUGCAGCUGGCUCCAACGUCCCUGCGUGGUUGUACGAUGGCACGCACGCAUCCGCUGCUCAGAAUGUCACAGGGAAUGGUCUGGCCUAUCACAUCGAAACGUAUGGAUCGCAUGCGUCGGCAGCUGCAUCUGGCAGCAUCGCGGCUGCUUCGGGCGCGUCCAUCAACGCAGACGCUCCGCAUCACGCUUCCGGUACAGGACCUCCGACGGCUAGGUUUGCUUCCAAGUCAGCAACUCCCGCACCUUUCGCCGUCGGAAUCCCCGACAGUGCCGCACCACACUCACUUCCCGGCAACCUGCAUUCUCUCGUAUCUGCAGUACCGCAUACGACGGGUAAUAGACGGUUGAGCGACGAGAGUGCACAUGCGGUCGGCGCAGGACCCUCGAUGUCUGACGCUGGCUCUUCGGCAGCCGCAUUGCCACCGCGGGGCACCACCAAGUCGACUUCCGAGUCGGCAGGCUUCAGCGGAUCCAUCUCGCCGACCUCAUCGGCGCGUAUGUCCGGCAGUCCGGAAGUCAUCAGUGUCGCCCAGCCUUUCCCGUCGUACACCUCGGCGACAGUGCCUCCAAUGGGGGGCAUGGUGAUGGGUGCGCCAGUCACCGCUUCCAUGAUGGAAUCCAUCGAUUCGUGGCUAGCUCCCGCCUCGUCAGCCUCCGUAUCCGCGACCGCGGGCCUCGAUACUCUUGCCACCGCGAUGGGCCCCGCAAAGGCUCCGAUGGCUCCUGCGAGCAAGGCCCCAGCCACAGAACCGAUCGCACCAGGUGAUGCGCCUUCCUCUUCUCGUUUGCCUGGAGAACUUACGUUCCAUCCUGGCCCAUCGACUAAUUCCUCCGCUUCGAUGCUCGACGGAGCCCCUUUCAAAACGAGUAUCGAGAGGCGCGAGCGCAACAAGGCAUCGCAGCGCGAGUCUCGCAAGCGCAAGCAGGAUCGACUUGAGACGCUCGAAGGCGAAAACGCUGCGCUGCGCAAAGCGCUCGCCGACAUGAAGAAGUUCAGUCAGGCGCUGUCCAAUGGAGCGGGCAUCCGCAGCGAGGAUGGUACCGAAGUCGCGCCGGCUCAGCUCGCCAAGUUCACCGGUGCUUUCCAUCUGGACUUGAUCGAGUCUCACUUGGACGACGAGUCGCAGGAGGCAGAGUGGAAAGGCAUGAUCGGACGCCGCUUCCCUACCAAGAGCACCCAGGUCGACGUCACGGAUGGUGAUGCUGCCGUUCCGGUCCUCUCGACAUCAGAUUCCGACGAGGACAGCAACCGCGGAGAGCCGCACGAGUCCGCCGAUCACGCACAGGGCUCCUCGUCUCUCAAAAGAGAGAGGGAAGGCGCGCCGCCGUCUGCCUCGCAACAGGUCAAGAAGGCCAUGUGGGAGAUUUCGCUCAACCAGAAGCGCCAACAGGCGGCGCAGAGCUUCCCCUCGAUGGUUGCUGUGCCCGAGCUGGUGCUGUACAAGGUGUGCCGCCUCUACUUUAGCACACUUCUGCCGUUCACCACCAAAGUCAAAUCAGGUAUCGUCAACCUGCGCGCCGCUCGAGAAGCGCCUGGCUUCAUCGGAGGCCUCGAAGAUCUGCCUCGAUUUCCUGGCGACCCCUCCUUCGGCUCUUCCGAUCUGUAUCUGCCGAAGAACCUCAUGCCCACAGAGAUGCAGAUGCGACUCGGCUUCCAUCCAAUUGAGAUUGCUGUCAUGCCGUACCCACUGAUGCGCGAUCGCAUGCUCACCGUCCUCAGCGCAUUCCAGGCCAUCGAGGAGCUGCAACAGCAGGAGGAGGACGAAGCUGCCGGCAGGAUCAGCGAGGAUAGCAGCAGUCGUGAACCCGCAGCCGACAAGGCCAGCUCUCGACAGCAGACGGCGCACAGCGACGAGCUCGAGGCCGAGGUGGUGGACGGAGAUAUCCGUCAGCGCACUGCUCUGGUUGCCGACAUGUCGGCCUGGAAGCCAAAAGACUUUUCGGGUGCCAUCGUCGUGCCGGACAAGGGCCGCGUCUACCCUUACGGCUUCCUCGAAAAGCCACGAGGCUCGCAUCGUCUGCGCAAGCCUGCGCAGCGAUGGCUCGACCAGUUCUUCUACGAGGUUGUGCAGACGCUGCGAGUGUGGUCGCCGGCGGGUGACGUCUUUGACGGCGAGUGCUUCGAGUUCAAGGAGAGCUUCUUCCGCAAGUACCCUUACAUGGCGGAUGGCGAGAUCCUCAAAGCCACCAACCGAUGGAGGAGAGCUCGAGGCGAAGAUCCCAUCCGUCUUUGA